CUUGUUCAAAUGCUGAUACCAUCACUAUCAAAGUUGCUGAAAAAGGGUUGGUUUUUUCUCCACAAAACUCUAGUGUUAAGAGAGGCGAUAUUGUCUCCUUUUCGUUUGUUAACGGGAAACAUAAUAUCGUACAAAGUGACAACCCAGGUGUAUGCACGAAUUCUACAACUGCGACUUCACGCAAUUAUCAAAUUCUUUUAGUCUCCUCAGGAAUAAAAUCCCAGGGUGAUAAAUACGAUUUUACCAUAAACCAGGAUGAUGGAGCCAUAUACUUUUUCUGUAAUUAUGGUCAACAUUGCCUUGGUGGAGAGUGGGGAGCCAUAUACGUAGGUUCCACUGCUAAUG